GAAGAUCUCAACAUUCAGAAUAACACUACAACAACCUCCCCAACCAUCUGUGAGACAGUCAACUGAAGUUGUGAAGACUUAAAGGUGUGAUCAGUGUAACCAUGCUGAAAGUAGUAUUUGUGAUUGGAUGCCUCCUGAGCCUUGCUCUGGCUCAUCCUAUGGAGCACAAACGACUUGCUCGGUCAAGCUCAAACUCUGGCUCUGACUCAGAUUCAGAUGAGCGUACCACCACCCGGGCUACAGCAACAGCAGCUGCAGGACUGAGUCAACAGCAGCUGAUUCAGAUCAUUCUCACGCUCCUACAAAACCGACUAACUACUACCGCACCUCCUACCACUACCACUGCAGCGCCUACCACUACCACGGUUCCUACCACUACUACAGUUGCUACUACUCCUGUUGCUGCUACAACAUAAGAUCUGAAAUAUAACCAAAGAUCAAUCAGUGAAUGACAACCAGUACUGAAUGACAUACAUUUUUAACAUCAGCUUUGUUUUGUCGACAGAACUGCUUCUUUCUCUCUUAAAAUGUCAAUGUUUUUGUCUUAACCAACAUACUGUAUUCUCUCUCUGCUAAAUAAAUAUCAGAAAUGUAAAA